CGGGCCGCGGCCGCCGGGUGCGCACCUGCCUCCGCCAGGCGGGCCGCGGGGCAUGCAGCGGGCGUGGGGUGGUGCUCCACUGUCCGAGGGCUGUGGAGGGCUCUCGGGCAGCCUUCGCGGGCUGGACCCCGCCGCUUUCCUGAUGCUGCUCGCGGACGCCGACCGGCCGGAGCCCGUGCGCAGCGGGGCGCGCGAGCUCGCGCUUUUCCUGACUCCCCAGCCCCGGGCUGAGGCGAAGGAGGUGGAGGAGACCAUCGAGGGGCUGCUCCUCAGGCUGGAGGAGUUUUGCAGUCUGACUGACAUGAUCAGGAAUGAUACCUCACAGAUCUUGGAGGAGGACAUCCCACUCCUUAAGGCCAAGGUGACGGAAAUGAGUGGCGUCUACGCCAGGGUGGACCAGCUCGAGGCCUUCGUCAAGAUGGUUGGGGGCCACGUCUCCUUCCUGGAAGCCCAAGUGCUGCAGGCCGAGCGCAACCACGGCGCCUUCCCGCGGGCCCUCCGGAGGUGGCUGGGCUCGUCCGGGCUGUCCGCCAUUGGGAACAAGCUGUCAAUGCUGGUGCCCUCAGCGUUUGAGCUGCCCACGUUGUACAGGACCGAGGACCAUUUUCCUGUGGAUGGCAGGGAGGCCAAGCAGCUGGCCCCGUAGUGCCGUUGGCUUCGGUCAGCUUGUGGGCCUCCCAUUGGGGCCGAGGGAAAGCAUAUCUGUGUAUAUAAAGCAGCUUGGGGCUUUUCUUUCUUUCUCUUUUUUAAUGGCUGUUGGUUUGUUUUUUUUUUUAAUUUCCUCCUUUGCUUCACACUGACCACAGGGUUCGGAGCAGCAUUUGUUACCUGCACGUGGCAAGGCGUUUGGCUGGUGCCGCAGCCUGGUGUUUUACAGGGGACGGCCCCUUGGGUCUGACUUGCCGUGGCUGAUGGAUGGGGGGUCGGGUUUCCCUUUCCCCCUGUGAAGGGCUUUGCAUGGGCACCACGGGGUGCUUGUGGCUGUGCCACCACGGGGAUGGGUUCCCGUCUGUCAGUGUGGGCUUGCUGGCUGUAAACCCCACAGCCCAUUGGCCCUGCAAAUCAUCUCAAUAAAGGUGUCAAGAGGU